AUGCUGUUGGUGGCUACAGAAUCCUCUCCGCCGGCAAUGCAAGACACUCACCCGUCUUCAACCGGCGUUGUUCCGGCAAACGGCAAGAAUGCUUCCGCUACUGACUUUUCGAUCGCUGCUAUCAUGGCCCGAGGAGCACCUGCGGUCAAAGAGAAAUCGACUUCUGAAGGUGAGCGGCUAUCUCCUCUUCCUUCAGAUUCGGAGAGCAGCGGCAGACCGUCCCCUUCUUGGGACAGAGUCGCGUCAGGGGGACAAAAGAGGGAUAGAUCCACACCUGCAUCCAGUGUCCCCGAAGAAGACGAUGAGCCUGAUAUGGAAGAGGCUUCAGACACCUCUAGCAAGUCUCCCCGGCUCAAGAGGGGCAGCGUGUCGGGAUCUUCCAAGCGGCGCUCGUCUGGAGAAGGAUCGGGAGGCGGCGCCGCCAACAAUCCAUACGCCGAGUCCUUGAAGGGUCGCUGCAGUUGUCAAGAUCUCCUCAGGGUGGAUUGUGUCCUGGAAAAUAAGGACCUCUGGGAGAAAUUCAACGAGCUGGGGACCGAAAUGAUCAUCACCAAGACGGGAAGGCGGAUGUUCCCAACUCUUCGAGUGUCUUUCUCUGGAGUCGAAACCAUGGACUCUGUACAACACGGAAACGGUGUCAAAUAUUCUGUACUGAUGGAUAUAGUACCGGUGGAUCAAAAGAGGUACAGGUACGCCUAUCACCGAUCAUCAUGGUUGGUGGCUGGGAAAGCUGAUCCUCCUUCUCCGGCUAGGCUAUAUACACACCCAGAUUCACCUUUCAGCGCAGAUCAGUUACGAAAACAGGUGGUUUCUUUUGAAAAAGUAAAGCUGACUAACAACGAGAUGGACAAGCAGGGUCAUAUUGUGCUGAACUCAAUGCAUAAAUAUCAACCGAGGAUCCACUUAGUCAGGAGAAGAAAUACGCAUGGAUCCAACAGUCCAAUAACAGACUUGGAAGGAGAAGAUUACAGAACUUACGUGUUUCCUGAAACCGUUUUCACGGCGGUGACGGCGUACCAGAACCAACUAAUAACCAAGCUCAAAAUAGACAGCAAUCCUUUCGCCAAAGGCUUCAGAGACUCUUCCAGGUUAACAGAAUUCGAUCGGGACACCAUGGAAGCUCUAAUAGGUGACCCAGCUUAUUUACAUUCACCCUUCCGGGCGCUCUUGGAGCAUCCGGAACGCGAAGAUCUACAAGCAGCUUUAGCCAGAGAAAACCUCCUCGGACUGAGACCACCUAUCUUGCCAUGGAAACCUUCCGGAUCCUUGCCUUCCUUCACAGACACAUACGGCAUGCUGGCCAGUCUUCCAGCUAUGUAUGCAAUGAACCCUGCAAACAGGGCCCACAUGUGGGCCCAGUGGGGGGCAGGUGGCCUCAGCCACCAACUCGGACUCCUCUGUGCAGCGAAUGCAGCCAAUUCUCAAGCGUGCAAUGUGUUGAGGCCAACAACGAUGUCAGCACCAUCUGCUGAUACUUAUGGCAUCCACAGGUACAUGCCGUACUUUUAUGGUGCAAAGAAAGAUUCGAAUGAACUUAGUAAAGAUUCUUCAACAAACCAUACGCCAUAUAGGUGAAAUUUGCGUACGUAAUAAAAUGCUAGAUACAAUUUAUUAGAAAACAAUACUGAAUCUGCGCACCAGGGUUGCGCAAUAGUGGUUCCAGUUUCUGUUCUUUGCAAUGAUGAAGGUGCCCGGUAAAAUUACGAUGUGUACAGUUUGAUCAUUUUUGACUCUUCUAUUAAUCAAGCAUUGUAUUUUCCCUAAUCCCGGUUUUAUAGAGAGAAUGGAUUACUUAUAAGAUGUUUCAUUUACUUUUAUGAAAGUGACA